AUGAGGAAUCCUAAUGACAACAGUGGAGAAGCGAAGAAAGCAUCCCCACACAGAUUAAUUAAAACCAUGUCCGUCCUACUAAGAGACAAUGAAUGUCACUUUAAUUUAGAAGAACAUGAAGAUCAAAGAGGAGAAGAGAAAGUCCCAACAGAUAAGAAAGAUAGUGAGAUGAUUGAUUGUUUGAUGAAAAAAUUAACGUCGAAAAAGUUUUUAGUUGAAAAAGAGACGAAGAAUUCCUUUUACUUAGUAGAUAAUGAGAAUAUGAAAAUAAAAAAAUUAAAGGAACAUGGGCAUUCAGCAUCAUUAAAUGAUGAUUUAAGCCCUUUACAAUAUGAAAGAAUAAAAUAUCAGCCAACAUUACCCAAAGCAUUGGCAAGUGAAUAUCAAGUUUUAGAAGAAAAUCAUGGAGAUGAUUUUAUAAACAAAAAAGACUAUGAAGAGGUAAAGAAAUUUUUAAAGAAUCUACACAACUUGCCCAUAUUAAAUGUGAAAGAAACGAAUAAUAAUGAAUUGUUCAAGGGAGGAAAUGUGUUAAAAAUUGGAAUUAUAUUAUCAGGUGGUCCAGCCCCAGGAGGUCAUAAUGUUAUAUCAGGUAUUUACGAUUAUGCUAAAAGGUACAAUGAAGAAUCUCAAGUUAUAGGUUUUUUGGGAGGUAUAGGUGGAUUGUAUAGUAAAAAUUAUGUAACGAUUACAGAUGCGUUGAUGAACCGUUUUCGAAAUUUAGGUGGUUUCAAUAUGCUUUGGUCAGGUCGAGAAAAAGUAAGGAAUAAAGACGAUUUGAUUGCUAUUGAAAAUAUUGUUGCAAAGCUUAAGUUAAACGGUUUGGUAAUAAUUGGGGGAGAUGGAUCAAACAGUAAUGCAGCAUUGAUAGCAGAAUAUUUUGCAGAAAGGAAUAUUCCUAUUUCGAUUAUUGGUAUACCUAAGACCAUUGAUGGAGAUUUAAAAAGUGAAGCAAUUGAAAUUAGUUUUGGAUUUGAUACAGCUACAAAAACGUAUUCAGAAGUGAUAGGAAAUUUAUGUACAGAUGUAAAAACAGGUCAUAAUGUAUAUCAUGUAGUUAGAGUAAUGGGAAGAUCAGCAUCUCAUGUUGUAUUAGAGUGCGCAUUGCAGACAAGACCAAACAUAGUUCUAAUUGGGGAAGAAGUAGAAAAAGAAAAACUAUCCCUAAAAGAUAUUGUUAAUAAUAUUGUAAAUACCAUACUUAAGAGAAAAUCCUUGAAUAAAAACUAUGGUGUUAUAUUAAUACCAGAAGGGUUAAUAGAAUUUGUACCAGAAAUGAAAAUAUUAAUUGGUGAAUUGAAUAUCAUAUUGAAAGAAGGUCCAUUUCAUCCUGAUAAAUUAAAAAAUUCGAGAGAACUAUGGGAUUUCUUACCAAGCAUUAUUAGAGAUCAGUUAUUAAUGGAUAGAGAAUCUACAGGAUAUAUUCAAGUUGGUAAAAUAGCAACAGAAAGAUUAAUUAUUGUUCUUGUGGAGUCUGAGUUAGCGAAACUGAAUGAUAAUAAUUUGAACAUUCAAUUUAUGGCCCAUUAUUUAGGUUAUGAAGGUAGAUGUGCUAUUCCAUCCAAUUUUGAUUGCAAUUAUUGUUAUGCCUUAGGAUAUAAUGCUGGAUUGUUAAUUGAUCAUAAAAAAACAGGAUAUAUGUCUAUUAUACAAAAUUUGGAAGAUUCCUAUAACAAUUGGAUUCCAGCAGCCAUUCCAUUUCUGAGAAUUAUGCACGUGAAUAGGGAUAACACAGGGAAGGAAUUUCCUGCUGUAAAGAGAUAUUUAGUAGAUCUUAACAGCCCAUUAUUUAACGUUUUGAAAGAUGUUAGGCAUUUGUGGUCUCUGUAUGAUUUAUAUAGAGCUCCAGGACCAAUUCAGUUCAACGGACAUCUUAGCAAUUCACGUUGUUAUACGGUAAAAAUACCAACAAAGGAUAUUCUACUAUGUCAGAAUUCAGAAGAUUUACAGUUAAUUAUUAAUUUAGCAAAUAAAACAAAUAAUAUAUCUAAUGAAGAUACUUUUUUUAACGAAAGUGCAGCAUUACUAGAAAGUGGUAGUAUCAGUAGAGAAGGCGAAGGAGAAGGUAAUGAUGUAACUAAGAAGAUGAAAUAUAAUAGCACAUGUGAUGAUUCUAAAAAUUUGGGAAAUACAAAUAACUAUCAUGAAGCAAGUACAAAUGUUGCGAAUUCGACGAGAGGGGCUUAUGGAAGUUUGUUAAACACUUAUGGAAAUGACAGAGGAGGACAAGCGUUAGGAGUAGGUGUAGUUAGUUUAGAGACCACAUCAGAAUACAUGAAUGAAACGAAUUUAAGUUCUAGUAAUGUAGAAAAUGAUUUUUAUGAACAACACUGUUCCAGUUAUAAAUCUUUAGGAUGCAUGUCAGAAUUGCAAACAUCGAGACUGUAUAAGAAAUUGGAAUUGCCAGAAUUAUGUUCAGAUUUGAAAGCAAAAGUGAGAGCAGGAAAACAGUACAUAUCAAAUGAUCCGUACACACAGAAACAAAUUCUUUCCAACUAUCCGCACAUGUCAUAUGAAAAUAAAUUUCAAAUUCAGGAAAUUUUUCAUGACAAAUAUGCUACUCCCAUAUCGUUUGAAAUAAAAAUUGGAAUUGUAUUUUUAUCAAGACAAGCCCCUGGAGCAAUGAAUGUAUUAUGUGGACUUUAUAGACGAUUAAAAUUAUUAAAAGGGGUGUGUAUUGCAUUUUAUGGCUUGUAUGGUUUGUUAAAUAACAAAUAUGUAAUAAUAGACGAUGAUAAUAUAGCUAAACAUAUGAAUCAAGGUGGAUUAGAAUUAACAGGGAAUUCUCCAGAACAUUCUCUUUUUGAUAAGGAGAAUAGAAAUAAGGUGUGCGAAACAGUGAAAAGUUUGCAGUUAAAUGGUUUAGUUAUGCCAGGUUCGAAUGUCACUAUUACAGAAGCUGCUUUACUGUGUGAAUAUUUUAUGGAGAAAAAAAUUCCCACAUCAGUUGUUGGUAUUCCAUUGACAGGUUCUAACAAUUUGAUACACGAAUUGAUAGAAACAUGUGUAGGAUUUGACAGUAGUACAAAGGUUUAUGCAUCUUUAAUUGGAAAUGUACUUACUGAUGCAGUAAGUAUGCCAAAAUAUUGGCAUUUCAUUCGAUUAAUGGGUAGAUCUCCAUCUCAUGAAGUGUUAGAAUGUGCUUUGCAGACCCAUCCAAAUAUGGUUAUAAUAUCAGAGGAAUAUGGAGCAGCAGAUAAAACACUUUGGAGAGUUGUUCAAGAUAUUUCCGAUGUUGUAUGUGCAAGAGCAGAACUUGGAAAGAAUUAUGGUACUAUAUUAAUUCCAGAUGCUUUACUUAUGCAUUUGCCACAUAUGAAAAUAUUAUUAACAGAGAUUAGUGACAUUCUAAAUGAAGCAAAUGAAAAAGGAGAGUUAAAUGAAGCAAGAAACGAUUUAGUAAAUAUAUCAAAUCCACAAAGUGGAGUAAAAGGAGGAGAAGGAAAAGGAGAAGAGGAAUCAAUACCUUCUUCUCCAUGGGUUAAGAAAUUGACCCCAUGGAGUUUAGCCUUAUUAAAAACAUUUCCACAAUUUAUCAUAAAAGAAUUAUUACAUGUAGAUUUAAGAUCGAUGCGUUUUGAAAAAUUAGAAACAGAACAAUUGCUUCUUCAAAUGGUGAAAGAAGAAUUACAACAAAGAAAACAGAAAGGAAAAUAUUCUGGAAUUUUUAUGGGAUUAACUCAUUUUUUUGGUUACCAAGGUCGUUCUUCUUUACCUUCUGAAUUUGAUUGCAAGUUGGCAUAUGCCUAUGGUCAUGCUGCAUCUAUAGUAAUCGAAAGUGGACUUACAGGAUAUAUUGUUUCCAUUAGAGGAUUAUGUGGAAAUGUAAAGGAUUGGAAACUUUUUGCAAUUCCAUUUAUAUCUUUGAUGAAAAUAUUACCAAAAGGACAAGGAAGCAAAUAUCUUAAAAGUGCAUCUAAGGGAGAUCUUCCAGUUAUUCCAAGUGCUCCAGUUGAUCUUAAUGGUAAGGCGUAUAGAAGUUUAAAAAUUGCCUUACAAAAAUGGCAAAUGGAAGAUAGAUUCUGUAAUCCAGGACCUAUACAAUUUGAAGGAAACGCAUCCAAAUACUACAACAGAAUUCUCUUUGAAGAACAAUCGGAAUAUUUUGAGAUGUUAAGGUAUGUUGAAUGUUAUGCUAACAUAUUAAAAGAUACAUGUCGAUUUGGCGUUUCUGCCGAUUAUUUGAAGAAUGUAUUUGUUCAAUUGUGUGGAAUGUUAGUUUUGGCUUACAAACCAAAUGAUAUUUUAUCAAACAUGCCUUACAUCGGUAGUAUUGAAGAUUACUAUGAUUGGGAGAACCAGAGGAAGAGGAUGGAUUAG